ACUUUGGUGUUUUGCGCCAGUUAACACGUGUAUUUACAUCGAUUUGUGGUGUAUAUAAGUUGUCAUCGUGAGUUUUUGACCAAAUAAUUUGAAUCCUUAUGUUUAUCAUUAAAUAAACACAUCGAUUAUUACAUUUUUAAAAGAAAGUGUAAAAUAAAAAUUUUACUUUCAUAUGUUUAAUUUUACUAUAAGAAAGAUAUGUAAAGUUUUGUAUUAAUUUGCUAUGCAAAUAAUUUUUUCUCGAUUCUGUUCGAGUUCUUCGAAGUUGUUUAAUUCAAAAAACGCCAUUCAUUUGUUAAUUAAUCGAAAAUUCAACUGGAAUUGCCAGAUGGCAGUAGAUAAAUUUGUAUCGAAACAUCUUGAAUUACUUAAUAUUGAACGUGAUGCAGAAGUGGAACAAAGCCAAUGCAUGCAAACUGGCAUUUCUCUUGCUAAUUUGCAACGAAAAGGGAUUUGUAUAUCAAAGUUACGUUUGGGAUCAUGUCAUACUGGUUUGUUUGGAAGAAGUAUUUGUGUUUUUGAACCAUUUACUCCUGGUAAAACAUUUGAGGCUCAUGGCUUUACAGCAGGUGAUAUAGUUGGAAUAGUAACAUCUGGAAGUGAUGACAACAGAGAGACAAUUGCCUCUGGUGUUGUGUCUCGUGUUUCUCAAGCAAAUAUAAGUGUGUCUUUUGAAGAAAAAUUUGAUUCUCUUGGAAUAGAGGAUGAUGUUCAAUACCACAUUUGCAAGUUAGCAAAUGAAGUAACUUAUAAAAGGAUGAAGAGGGCUUUGUUAAACCUCAAAGAUAAUGUAAAUUCAUAUCAACUAAUUAGUGUACUGUUCAAUGAAUGCAAACCAUGUGAUAAUCCUCAAAUUUUAAAUAAAGAACUAGUAUUUUUCAAUGAUAAAUUGGAUAAUUGUCAGAAAGAGGCAGUCAGAUUUUCUCUUUCACAAAAAGAAAUAGCAAUUAUACAUGGACCACCCGGAACUGGUAAAACUACUACUCUUGUAGAAAUUAUAUUACAGUUUAUCAAAAAUGGAUUAAAAGUACUUGUUUGUGCACCUUCCAAUAUUGCAGUAGAUAAUCUUGUGGAAAAAUUAGCAGUUCAUAAAGCAAAAAUUGUUAGAUUAGGUCAUCCAGCUCGUCUUCUGUUUGACAUACAACAAUAUUCUUUGGAUGCUAUAUUAUCAAGAUCUGAAGAAAAUGAAAUAGUCAAUGACUUGAGAAAUGAAAUAGAUAUGCUAAGAAGAAGAAAUAAACAAAGUAAAAGUAAAAUACAACAAGAAAUAGCUGGAAAAGAAGUAAGAUCUUUACAAAAAGAGUUACGUGAAAGGGAAAAGGUUGCUGUUCAAAGAAUAUUAAAGAGAGCUGAUGUAAUUUUAUCGACUUUAACUUCUGCAUCUGAUGAUGGACCUUUAAAGCAUAUUCCACCAGAGCAUUUUGAUGUAGUUGUUAUUGACGAAUGUUCACAGGCUAUUGAAGCUGCUUGUUGGAUUCCAUUAUUAAAUGCUCCAAAAUGUGUAUUAGCUGGAGAUCAUCAACAACUUCCACCAACAAUUGUUUCAGAAAGAGCUGCCAAAGAGGGAUUAUCAGUGUCAUUAAUGGAAAGACUUGUUAAUUUGUAUGGAGAAACAAUUACAAGAAUGCUGUUUAUUCAGUACAGAAUGCAUGAAGAUAUAAUGGCUUGGCCUUCUUCAAAGAUGUAUGAAAAUAAACUCAUUGCCCAUUCUUCAGUGGCUCAACAUUUAUUAAAGGAUAUGAAUGGAAUUGAGGUGACAGAAGAAACAUCAACACCUUUACUUUUAAUUGAUACAGCUGGUUGUCAAUUGUAUGAAUUAGAAUUAGAAGAGGAGGAAUCAAAGGGAAAUGAAGGUGAAGCAGAUUUAGUAACUAUUCAUGUUGAAAAACUAAUAAAAAGUGGAAUUAAACCUGAAGACAUAGCAGUAAUUACACCAUAUAACUUGCAGGUAGAUCUUCUCAGACUAAGAUUGACUUCCAAACAUCCUACACUUGAAAUUAAAUCAGUAGAUGGUUUUCAAGGAAGAGAAAAGGAAGCUGUAGUUUUAUCUUUUGUAAGAUCAAAUACUAAAGGAGAAGUUGGUUUUCUUGCUGAAGAUAGAAGAAUAAAUGUGGCAAUCACUAGAGCCAGACGUCAUUUAGCUGUUAUUUGUGAUAGCGAAACUGUGUCUAAUCACCAAUUUUUGAAAAGUUUUGUUGAAUAUUUAAACAGUGAAGGAGAUGUACAAACAGCUCAUCAAUAUGAAAAUGAAUUGGGAAAAUUUGAUGUGAACCGACCAGAACAUUUACAAUUUAAGAAAGUACAAUCUUCUGUAGAAAAAUCCAAAUGUAAUAAAAAACAAAAUACGCAGGUUAAAUCAAAGAAAGAGAAAAUUACAAAUCAGACAUCAGAAAAGGAAAAAGAAAACAUUUCUUCAUCGUUAAAAGGUCCUGAAGUAGAUGAAGAGAGACAAACAAUUGAAAAUGAGAUGCAGAUGAAAAUUAAUGCUUUUCUUCAGAGUGAAGAAAACAUUUUGACAUUUCCUACAAUAUUAUCUUCAUAUGAAAGGAGAAUUGUCCAUGAGCUAGCAGAGAGAAUUGGUCUGAUACAUUCAAGUCAUGGAGAAGGAUCUGAUCGAUACAUUAUUCUUUCCAAACAUGAAGAUCCCAUUGUAAAUGUUACUGACUCUUUUAUUAAAGAUAAAGAUGAAAAUGUGAAAAAUUUAUCAUCAGAGGUUGUUGACAAUUCUGCAAAUAAUUAUUUAUCAGAAAGUGAAGAAAACUGUCCAAUAUGCAAUAAAAUGUUACCUAAAAAUAACUUAAAGCUUCACAUAUUUCGUUGUAAACCAGUUGUGCAGGAUAAGCCUAAAGAUAAAUGUAAGACACAAAAAUUGAAACUUCGUCCAAAAUUUGAAAAGAAAGAUAGUGAUAUAAAUAUCGAUGAAGAUUUAGAUACACUUCUUACAGAAAUAAAAAAAGCAGACAGCAUGUGCUUUUUCACAAAAUGCAAAACAAAUAUAAGUGUUUUGAGUCAAAGAUGUGAAUUUUGCAGAAAUAAUUUUUGCCUUAGUCAUCACAUGCCCGAGAUUCACGGAUGCGGCGACGCUGCCAGAUCGCAUGCACGAAGUCAAAUUCGCAAGCAGGGAAAACUGUAUAGUGGUAGCGGAGUACCUUCCAAAAAACCAGAUCCUACAACAAGAGCACAUCUUCAGAAAAAACUGGAUAAAAAACUUUCAGAAAUGUCACAACAGAGAAAAAUUAAAAAGAAAUAAUUUGUAACUAUAUUUAUUAUGAUUUUAAAUUAAAUUAUGUAUAAAAUAAACUAUUUUAAAUAUUAAAUAUAUUUUCAUAAGACAUUGAUGAAAAGAGGAAUGUUUGAAAAUUCUAAAUCAAGAUUUUUUCUGGAUAACAAAAAAUAUUGAAUAUAAUGUAAUUUAAUAAUACAUUUUUCAGUUCCAGUAUAUGCUGAUGAUUUAUAGAUAAGUUUAAUUUCUGUAUUUCAGAAAUUAUUAUUGUCAAUUGUAAUUAUUUCUUUUUAAAGAACAGA